AAAUCAUUUUACCUUUUUCUUACCAGGCCGGCUGGUGGAAGCGGACGAGAAUUGUAUUGUCAUCCAUAUUCGAAAGACUUCACGGAAAAUUCAUCGAAAAACGGAGUUCACAAUAUGGUUCAUAUGGUGGCAGAAAGGGACACGGAUAGCGUUGCUCCAACACCAACGCCUCAACAUCCUCAUCACUCUCAACAUCAUCAUCUUAGUUUACAUGAAAUUCGUGCCCUUCAGAGGCGACCAGAAUGUACCGGUAAUAGCUCAUCGGAUGAGAAUCGAUCUUCUGGACAUGCAAGUAUGUCGGACACAGGUGGGCAUACGAGUAGCAGUUCACCACCGCACCGUCACCAUAGAGCACACAGUCCGCAGCAAUUAAACUCUGUACCAGAAGACGAUCGUUUAUCGGCUUCGGUUACCCAAAGAAAUGGCAGGAGUAGAUCUGGACAGAAUCGCAAUAGACAUAGAGCUACACCUGCUAAGUUACAGGUUCCCUGGUCAGGCUCUGGUCUAGAAGACAUAAAACUAGCAAUCCAGCAGCUUACUAUGCGUUCUCAUAAAUCGUCUUCCACCUAUUCCUCUUUAAGUGGAUCCGAAAGUUCAGAACCAGCUGUAAGGAGGCUGAUGAGACAUUCGAGCUUAGAAACUAUCAAUACCAAUGUAACCAGUGCGGAUGAAUUCGUUUGGGUAGAUUCUCACAAUCGAUUGGUGGAGUUACAGCAAUUACCAUGGACGCAUCAUGACGUCCUUCGUGUAUUGCAAAAUGGUCGUACUAGGGAGCAUAUGGAGCAAGUUUCUAUGGAGACGAUACCACGUCUUUCUUACUUGCUACAAAGAGCACUGGUCAGAAUUGGUCGAGAAACUCAGAGAUUGGCUAAACCUGUUGGUCUAUGUAGCAAGCACGAAGUAUAUAGCGCAUUCAAAAUUGUGCUCUGUCCGGCUUUGGCAGAUUCUUGCACCAAGAGGAAAUGAUUCAUAAAAGG